ACCUCAGCCUUUGCCCCGAUCACAGCAGGCUGGGGGCAGAUAGUGAGGAAGAGACAGAGGGCAGUUUAGAGUCUCAGCAUGCCGGCGUACUCCACCAACAUGAGGCUCAAGUUUCCCAUCUUGGCCUUGAUACUGGAGCUCGUCACCAUUCUCCUGUACGCGCUGUUCGUGGUGUACGAUGAUGGCAAAUCUUCAGGUCAUGAUGACAAAGAUAACAGCAGCGACCCUCAUCAUGAGAAGAGCAACCCUGUGGCCUUGUACCCUAUGUUUCAGGAUGUCCACGUGAUGAUCUUCAUUGGCUUCGGUUUCCUCAUGACCUUCCUGAAGAGAUAUGGUUUUAGCAGUGUGGGACUCAACCUGCUGCUGGCUGCCUUCGGUCUGCAGUGGGGUUUACUCCUGCAGAACAUGUGGCACAUGCACGAUGGAAAGAUCAUGGUUUCUGUCGGAAGCAUGAUCAACGCAGAUUUCAGCACAGCCACAGUGCUGAUCUCGUUUGGUGCCGUACUGGGGAAGACCAGUCCAGUGCAGCUGCUCAUCAUGACCCUGCUGGAGAUCACCACCUUCUGCAUCAAUGAGCACCUGGCUGUCACAAUGCUGGGGGCCUCUGAUAUUGGUGCCUCCAUGACCAUCCACGCUUUUGGAGCAUACUUUGGGCUUGCUGUGGCUCGCGUGCUUUACCGUCCUGGUCUGCGUAACGGCCACGAUAAUGAAGGCUCUGUCUACCACUCUGAUCUGUUUGCAAUGAUUGGUACUGUGUAUCUGUGGAUGUUCUGGCCCAGCUUUAACUCUGCCAUCGCUGAACCCGGAGCUGCACAGCUCAGGGCCAUUGUUAACACCUACUUCUCUCUGGCUGCGUGCACACUGGCUGCCUAUGCCACCUCCAGCCUGGUGGAAGGAAAGGGAAAACUGGACAUGGUCCACAUCCAGAACGCUACACUGGCCGGUGGAGUUGCUGUUGGAACUUGUGCUGAUAUGGCCAUUGGUCCUUUCGGAGCCAUGGUGAUCGGAGUCUGUGCUGGAAUUAUCUCCACUCUCGGCUUCAAAUUCCUCUCUCCCAUCCUUGCAUCCAGCCUGGGAAUUCAGGACACUUGUGGAGUGCAUAACCUGCAUGGCAUGCCCGGCAUUCUAGGUGGCUUGGCUGGAAUUUUAGCCGCUCUACUGGGAAAGAAAGAAAAUGUGUUUCCAGGCACUCAGGCUGCAGCUUUGGCCUCAUCAAUUGGUUUUGCCCUGGUUGGAGGUGCAAUCACUGGUCUCAUAUUGAAGCUUCCAUUCUGGGGGCAGCCACCUGACCAGAACUGCUUUGACGACUCUAUCUAUUGGGAGGUUCCUGAGGAGGAAGAGGAGGCCGGCGAGAGUCUGGCUCAUGCUGAUCAUUCGAAGAACAAAUCAGAGCCCUAAUAAACCCUUUACAGAGAACCAACACCCACAAAUCUAAAUCCAUAACCAACUCAGGGUACUCAACCACCAGCACAUCAUUUCAAGAGCAGCUUCUGUAAACCUUAAACUAACUCUUAUAACCAUUCAGCCCUCACUAAAGCUUUUUUCUGGGUGGUUGUAAUAUUGAUACAUUUUAAUCUGGGACCAUUUUACCAAGUCCCAGAUGGAGCAAAUUAUUAUAAACUAGAAAAUAAACCCAAUUUACCAGCAAACAUGUUGUUCCCACUGACCCACAGUGUGCAAUAAAAACUUAAAAUAAAAGCAGAUCUGCACAAAAUAAGUUAGGGACCUGUGUGGACUAGUGCACAUGGGGGAACACAUCAGCAUUCUAGUAGAUGUUCCAUUGAUAUGUCAAAACCAACAAUCCCACAAUAGUUGGAUCUGGCUUAUGAGUUAGGUCCAAAAACAGCAAGCAUAGAAUUCUAGUAGCAACUUAAUCAAACUAGUUAAAACACCAUUAGCAAAACCCUUUUAGCUAAAAUGCUCAAAUUGCUAAACCCAUGUAGCUUAUUCCAGUUAGUUAAACCCGCCUAAUCAAAACCAUCUAAAUACACCAACUAGUUAAAUCCAUGAAGCAAAUACAACUAGUUAGAACCAACCAUUUUUUUUUUAGUUUGAGUUUUUUAAUUUUUUUUAGUUAAUUAUUUAGUUCUUUAGCUAUAGUGCAAUUUCUCAGUGGAUAGUUGUAGUCCAGGUGUUUCUCAAUUCUGGUCCUGGAGGCACCCUGCUAUGCACAUUUUAGUGUUUUUCCUGCACCCAACACACCUGAUUCAACUAAUCUGUCCAUUUUUACGUCCUUCCAGAGUGUCAGGGGGUGUGAUAAAGCAUGAAAUCACCUAAAAUGUGCAGGGCAGGGUGUCUCUAGGACCAGGAUGGAGAAACACUGGUUGUAGGCUAUGACAUUUGGUCAUUAUUUCUUGCUGAAGUUCUGAGCCAUAGCCUGAGGAUUAGGGACAAUCUUUCCUCAGUGUUGCUUUACACAGUUUCCACUACAGAAUUGCAUUAUAAUGUAAGAAAGAAUACAAUUAGACCAAAUAAGCUAAUACAAAGAAGCCCAUUAAAAUGAGAUUCCUCACUGUUAAAGUUAAUAUGCAGAAACUAUCUAUAUAUGUAUAAUUGUAACUGACCACAUUAUUCUAACAUGUAGCGUAUAACAUUUAAGUAUAUUUUAAAUAACUUUCACAAUUUUGUUUUCUUCUUAUUAUUUUUGAACAGUCUACUUUUAGAUUUCACAUGUCAGUCUAAUUGACACAGUACUCACCUUUACUCUAAAUGUAGUCCAUUAGUGUUAACAUGUUUAGUGUCUGUUUAAGUUUACUUCUUUAGUUUUGCACUGGAGCUAACAGGCUAAUAUGGCUAACCAGUACUGAAAGCCUAUGUACACCAGUUAGCAUUGUGCACAUUCUGUGUGUGUUUCGAACUCUUAUGUAUUUUUAAAAUUACUUUAGUAAAUCUAAUAGUGAUUACCUUACAAACAAGCCCUGAGGCGAAUGUGUGAUAAUUUAAUUAGCACCUUGCUAAUGGGCUACAUGCACUUCCACCACUUGUUAGCUACAUUAGCCUUAAAAAAUCAGUGCCGCUAAAGAAGCAAGCAAAGGAUUUGCAGAUAGGUUAUGUUUAUGGUAAAGGGGUGGAUUUGUAUAAAUCUGAUUUGUCUUUUAACUGUCGCUUUAAUAAAUGUGGACACAGGCGGUCUUCGUGUUCUUGCUGUUGGUCUGUGUGAGAGGAUUUAGACAAUACUGAAAGGACAAUCCAGUCAGAACCAGCACAAACCAGACAGCAAGAGAGAUAAGGCCGACUUAAUAUGAAGCAUGUUGUAUUUGAAUGUUUGAUAGUGUGCAUGUGUGUGUUUGUGUGUUUUUAUAUCUCAUGCUCAAGCCACUAGCGUAGUUAGGCAAAUGUAGUCCGCUUGGCAGAACCAGAAGUAUUACAAGAAGAAUAAAAGUGUAAUGAAUAUAUACUGUCUUUAUUAAUAAAUAUGUUUUUAUACAA